CGCGCGGGCGGGGAGGCCCCCGCGCCGCCGCCAUCGUCAUGGUGUUUUACUUCACCUCCAACGUUGUUCCUUCCGUUUACACCAUUUACAUGGGAAAAGACAAAUACGAAAACGAAGACCUGAUUAAAUAUGGGUGGCCUGAGGACAUCUGGUUUCAUGUGGAUAAGCUGUCCUCCGCGCACGUGUAUCUGCGGUUACACAAGGGGCAGACAGUGGAUGACAUUCCCAAAGAAGUGUUGAUAGACUGUGCCCAUCUAGUGAAGGCUAAUAGCAUUCAAGGCUGCAAGAUGAACAACGUCAACGUGGUUUACACGCCCUGGACUAACCUGAAGAAGACUGCGGACAUGGACGUGGGGCAGAUUGGGUUUCACAGGCAGAAGGAUGUGAAAAUGCUGACGGUGGAGAAAAAGGUGAAUGAGAUACUGAACCGGCUGGAGAAGACCAAAGUGGAGCGUUUCCCAGACCUGGCUGCUGAGAAGGAAGCCCGGGACAGAGAGGAAAGGAACGAGAAGAAAGCCCAGAUCCAGGAGAUGAAGCGGAAGGARAAGGARGAGAUGAAGAAGAAGAAAGAGCUGGAAGAGCUUAGGAGCUACUCGUCGCUGAUGAAGGCAGAGAACAUGUCCUCUAAUCAGGAUGGCAACGACUCCGAUGACUUCAUGUAAAUAAAGUCUCGCCCUUCUCCGCRUUGAGGGGAUCUGGGACGUCUUUGUGUGUGGCCGUCACCAAGAAUGCCAAAAAAAAGAGCAAAACAGCAAACUCUGACUUCAUUCCUUCAGAACCCAGUUGGUUCUGCUGGCGCUGACCAGCUCUGUGCCAUGGACAACCUUUGAGCAGAGGAGGUCUCCACAUCUGCACAUACAUCUCCUUAAGGGACACGGGUGGAAGACAAGAAAAAAAGAAUCGUCUUUCAAUUCCCCAAAGACGA